CCAUAGAAUGGAACUACCAGUCAAAGAAUUCAAAAACACAAAAACAAACCUACCAUUCUCUCAUUAUUCUCUGUUUCCUCACCAGUUGUUACUUGUAAUCCCUUUUGUUUCUUUCUAUAAUAUGUUAAUCUGCAACAAGGGUUGUUUUUUUUCAACUACUAAAGCAACCUCCUUGCUUUCUCUCACCUUCUCGAGAAAAUUCUAUCGGUUCGACCCUGCUUUCGGGAUCAAUCAGAGUUGAAUGGCGAGGCCUGGCAACAAGAUUAUCCAAGCUAAGCUGGUGGGUUCUUUUGGGCGACAUGGGAACUGGGAAAACCAGUUUGGUAUUAAGAUUUGUCAAAGGCCAAUUUUUCGACAACCAGGAACCAACCAUUGGAGCAGCAUUUUUCACUCAGAUAUUGUCAUUACCUGAAGCCACUGUGAAAUUUGAUAUAUGGGACACAGCAGGACAGGAACGAUACCAUAGCUUGGCUCCGAUGUAUUAUCGCGGUGCAGCAGCAUCCAUUGUUGUGUAUGAUAUCACAAGCAUGGAUACAUUUGUUCGAGCCAAAAAAUGGGUUGAAGAACUGAAAAAACAAGGUAACACAAUGAACUUGCAAAGAGGAAAUCCAAAUUUGGUAAUGGCAUUGGUAGCAAACAAGUCUGACUUGGAACAGGACAGAGAGGUGGAGACUGAGGAGGGUGAGCAAUUCUCCCAAGAAAAUGGGAUGUUCUUCAUAGAAACGUCUGCUAAAACUGCCAUGAACAUUAAUAAUCUUUUCUAUGAAAUAGCAAAACGAUUGGCCAAAGCCAGCCCUUUGAAGACUGCUGGAAGAAUGACUCUACGCAGCGAAACACAGAACCGAAGAAGAUUUUUUUGUUGCUCAGUAUGACGUGAUUUACUGUUUGAAGAGUCUAAACAUUCGCAGGGUGAACAGUUGAAUUCCAGGUGUCAAUAGAUAUGCUUCUUUCCAAAAAAAUGAAAGAUGACAAUUUGUCACAAAGUUGACAAGAAGGUCUCAUUUGAAAAUUCAGAUAAUGAAUUCCCAUAACACAGUUUCAAAGGGCAAAAGAGUUUUUGUCCAUUUGUAAAGGAAAUGCUUCCAUGAAAUCAAAAAUGGUCUCCCUAAUGAGAAAGUACUUGCAUUUAUUGUUUAUAAAGAUGUGAAGUUCUAUUUUUGGUUUGGAACUUUGUUGCCACUGGCGAAUUAGGAAAUUAUUUGAAAGAAAGUAGGGAAGUUGUGUUGCU